AGAAGAAGUCACGUUAGACUGUCAACAAGAGUUAUCUGCUGUAAAAGCAGCAGAAAUGUCAACAGAUCGCCCUCAUCUAAACUGUCAAAGGAUUACGGUUCAGAAUUAAUGUGAAAUUGUCCCGGAGAUUUCUCCAUCAGUGGGAAGAUAGAUCCAUAGGCUGAUCAUGACCACCCAUUCAGCACCAUUCCCCUUGAGGGAGUUCUGCCCACUCUACUACCUUCUCAAUGCCAUCCCUGCUAAAGUGCAGAAAGGUUUUCGUUCUGUGUUGGUCUACUUGACCGCUUUGGACAGCAACACUGAUUAUAUAGCGAUUGGCAGCAGCAUCGGCAUGCUGUAUCUCUACUGCAGGAGAGUGAGCCAGAUGAAUAAAUACAAUUUAGAGGGGAAAUGUGAGGCCAUCACUGCAGUGAAGUUGCUGAGUUGUUUUGAUGAUCUUGUGGCUGUUGGGACAGCAUCAGGCCGAGUUGCUUUCUUUCAGCUUGUGUCACCAUUACCUGGCAGAAAUAAACAGCUGAGAAGGUUUGAUGUGGUGGGCUUACACAAAAGCACAAUUACAGCUCUAGCAUGGAGUGCUAAUGGCAUGAAGCUCUUCUCUGGUGAUGAUAAAGGGAGGGUGGUCUACUCUGCUGUGGACCUGGACCAAGGAGUGUGUAACCCAGUGAUUCUCUUUGAAGAGCCUUCAGCAAUAGUUCAGUUGGAGUACAGUCAGAAAGUCCUUCUGGUUUCAUCCCAUCAGCGUUCAGUGCUAUUCUAUACACAAGAGCAGUUGAAACAGCAGCUGGGCACUAAACCACGAAAAAGCAAUGGAAAGUUCGGUGCCUGCUUCCAGCCAGCUCUGUGCAAGCAGAGCGAUCUGGUGGUAUAUGCUGCCAGGCCAGGGUUGCGUCUGUGGAGGACAGAUGUGCGAGGUCGGGUGGGGGAAACACACGUCCUAAAGCCCCUGUUUAAUCAGGAGGUCCCUCAGUUUGAGAUGUUCCCACGUUCAGGCCCCACCGGUGGAUACAGACCUUCAGAAAGACAGUUGGGAUUGGUCAGCUGCUUCCUGAAAGAGGGCUGGGUCCUUAGCUGGAACGAAUACAGUGUUUAUGUUGUGGACUGCACCAAUCAGGUUAUCAUUGGAGGAUUGGAAAGCAGUGGAGAUAUAGUGUCUGUGUCAUGCACUGAGAAUGAAAUCUUCAUUCUGAAAGGAGAUCGGGACAUUCUGCGAAUCUCAAAUUGCCCUGAGGGAUUGGUUUCUAAUUUAUUAGACCACUCAUACCGUUUUACAUCCCCCACCAUUGUGCUGCCCCCUAAUGGCGCCGUGGAAACAGCUCAGCCAAUCAGAACCAUGCCCAUCAUUACAGAGCAGGAGACUCGAGCCAGUCCCAGGUCAGAGAAGGUGCGUGAAGGGAUUGAGGAGUCAGAGGAGGUGCAGGAGGAACAGCAGCAUGAAGAAUUCAGUCAAGCUGACAAGGCUAUGGUAGUCUCUGAGGAUGUGGAGCAGCAGCAGCGGGUUAGCGUGGGGACCCUUGAAUCCUGCAGUCGCAGCAGCUCCAUCACAUCAUGGGAGAGUGCUCAGGGUAUGUUGACUGCCACGGAGGCCUCCAUCUCAGAGCUCUCCUCUAGCCGAUACAGCACCAUCACCCAGGAGGACUUCCAGCAAGAGCUGGUGGUCAAGGCCAUAAAGCUGAAGAAGAAGGGCAAGAGGAGAAGGCAGGAGAGUGGGAACCGUGUUAAUGAGCGCAACAGCUGGUCGGAGAGCCUGUACAGUCAGGAUGGUGCAGGUAGUGAUGUUCUUAACACACCCAUGAGCGAGCCUCCUUAUGAACACAGUAGCCUGCUGUACAGCAGCCUCGACCUCCACAGCACCUGCUCACCCGACCAGGAGGACUCAGUCUAUGGAGAAACUCACAGUUCUGAUGCCUUCCCUCUUCAGGGCCCUCCAGAACGCUCACCCAACCAGAACCAAGAGCCUGAUCAGGGCUCAGUUAACCAAACAGUAGAAACACAUCCCUCUUGCCCAUCAUCACUCCCUAUGCAAGACAUGGAUUUCCAGGCAUAUAGUGAAAAUGGGGAUGUAUUUGCGGAGCCUCAAAUUGCAGCUACGCCUGAUGUGGACAUACUCCUGGAAUGCACAUUUUCAUAUAUGCAGACAGCUGAUGAGCAGGACGUUAUUGGGGAGCACAUGAAGGAGGACAAGGACCCCCAGCAGGAUUCGGAGCAACAAUAUACAGAGAUUUUACAUGGUGACUUUAACUUGGACUUAUCUUAUGAUCCCAUUAGGCCACUGGGUUACUCCCCUGAACCCGAGCCAACGCCUUCUAGUGAUGAGGAGGACAUCUAUGCCCAUGGAAUGCCAUCCAGUGCCAGUCUGGGGGAUGGACUAAAUGCUCUUAGUCUUCAGUGCUCAGCUGCUAAGCAGAAAGAGGAAGAUGAGAUGCAGCUCCUCAAAGCUGACCAGUUGGCUGAAAGCUGGAUGGGCUACAGUGGGCCUGGCUGUGGUAUCCUCAGUCUAGUUGUUACAGACCGUUAUAUCUGGUGUCUGGAUUUUAAAGGAGGCCUUUUCUGCAGUGGUCUCCCAAAUGGUAGCUUGAGCUGGCAGAAGUUUGAGGAAAAUGUCCAUCAGAUGGCUUUAUCCCCAUCAGGCUCAUUGCUUUGGAAGGUGGAGCAGAAGACUAUGACUGCUUAUGCUUGUGGGAAAGUCACCAUCAAGGGAAAGAGACACUGGUACAAAGCCCUGGAUGACACAGCUUUUGUUGCACUUGGUGAUGACACUGCAUGGCUCAUUCGCACCAAUGGUGAUCUUUACCUACAGACAGGGCUGAGUGUGGACAGGCCAUGUGCGCGGUCAGUGAAGGUGGACUGUCCUUGCCCAAUGGCACAGAUGGCAGCACGAGGCAGUGUGGUGUGGGCACUGAGUGAGCAGAGGGGGGUGUUCUACAGAGAGGGUCUCAGCAGCUACUGUGCAGAGGGGGAGCACUGGAAGUAUGACACUGUCAGUGAGAGCCAAGGACUGGAACCCAUCUGUAUUGCUCUGGGUGAGAACAACACAGCCUGGGCACUAGACACCAGUGGCAGUCUUUGGUUCAGAACAGGGGUCACAACUAAAAAGCCCCAGGGUGAAGAUGAACACUGGUGGCAGGUAAGCAUCACAGACUAUGUGGUGUUUGAUCAGGGCAGUCUGUUGCAGACUUUGAUCCAGGCUACACAGACCGUUGCCACAGCCACUAGAGCUCCAGUGGAGCGGGUGGCAGAGCGCCUUCGUGUGGCCUUCCUCUCCCAGCACUCCCAGUGCCAGCCCAGCCUCAUCAGCGUCAGCAGCAGUGGUGUUUGGAUUGCUUCUGGACGCAAUGAGUUCCAUGUGGCCAAGGGCAGCCUCAUUGGGACAUUUUGGAGAAGUGUUGUACCCAGAGGAACUGCCUCUGCCACAAAAUGGACCUUUGUGUUCUCCUCUGCUGUUCCAGCUGAAGAAGGGAGUUUCCUGUGGUUAGGUCAGAGCAGGAAAGACCUGUUCUGCAUUCGGGACCAGGACAGCCAUCUGCGGCCCUUCACCAUUCAGCUCCCUCCAGAUGUAGAGAUGGUGCAGCUCUCGGCCUGCCAUGAUGCUCUGUGGGGCUUAGAUCACUAUGGCCGUGUCCACAUCCGCACUUUAUCAGCCAGUUGUGCUACGGGCAUGCACUGGACAUUGCUGGAUCUCAGCCAACUCGGGCAUGUGAGGUUUCUUAGUUUGUCCUGUGGCAGUCAGAAUGUUUGGGCAUGUGAUGCUAAUGGUAUGGUGUAUUUCCGUGUUGGAACUCAACCUCUGAACCCCAGCAUGAUGCUCCCUGCAUGGAUCUGCAUUGAACCUCCUGAGCAGCCUGCUGGGCUUCAUCUGGUGAAAAUUCAGACCAGUCCUAAUGACCGCAUGCUGUGGGCGCUGGACAACAGAGGCAAUGUGCUUGUACGCACUGGUAUCACUGAAGAGAUGCCCGUUGGGACCGCCUGGGAACACAUUCCUGGUCUUCAGGCGAGUCACCUGGUUUUGAGCAUGAGGACUGCUUGGGUUCGCCUUCCUAACGGUGAAGUGGCUCGGCGAUACGGUAUUACAGAUAAGAACCCAGCUGGAGACUAUUGGAAAAAGAUUCCAGGAUUGGUCAGCUGGCUUGCGGUGACUCCUAUGGAUGAACUAUGGGCAGUUACUCCUGCUGGUGCUCUCAGCCAGCGACUCACAAAAACUCUGCAUCACAAUAAGGGUAAAAACCAUGGCAACAUAGGUUCUCUUAGUGGAGAGGAGCUGGAGGAAGAGUGGGAGGUGAUUUAGACACCACAAAUUG